GACAGCCCUGCAGAGCGAGAGGAGAGAUUGCUGGAAGAGGCUGGCGGAGGGGAGGAUAGUUUCACUAGGCAGGUUUGCGUGUGUGUGUGUGUGUGUGUGUGUGUGUGUGUGUGUGUGUGUGUGAUUUGGUGCGGGGGGGACUGUUGCAGGCAGGGGAAGGCGUGACCUGCAUGGAGAAUGCCAGACAACUCCAGAGACACACACGCACACUCACAAAUCUCCGAACAAAGAUAAGGCACGGAGCGCGGAGAGCUGGGAACCAGACAGCCCUCCUCCCCAAAAUCCCCCCCUUCCCCACCCCUCUCCUUUCACACACAUCAGGAGAUACCCACGGGAGCGAGAUGAGGUACCUUCUGGCCUGGUCCCUCUGUGCCUUCCUGCUCUGUAACACAGAUGCCGUCGAGCUGACGGAUAUGUUUGGGGAGAUCCAGUCCCCUAACUUCCCAGACUCCUACCCCAGUGACUCUGAAGUGACUUGGAAUAUUUCAGUGCCUGACGGAUUUAGGAUCAAACUGUACUUCAUGCAUUUUGACCUGGAAUCAUCCUAUCUCUGCGAAUAUGACUAUGUGAAGAUCGAGGCUGAAGACCAAGUCCUGGCAACUUUCUGCGGCCGGGAGACGACCGACACGGAGCAGGCCCCCGGGCAGCAAGCCAUUCUGUCCCCUGGCGCCUACAUGGGGCUCACGUUUAGAUCCGACUUCUCCAACGAGGAACGCUUCACGGGCUUCGAGGCCCAUUACACAGCGGUGGACGUGGACGAGUGCCUGGAGAAGAGCGAUGAGGAGCUGGCCUGUGACCACUACUGCCACAAUUACAUCGGGGGGUACUACUGCUCCUGCCGCUUCGGCUACAUCCUGCACUCGGACAACCGCACCUGCAAAGUGGAGUGCAGCGACAACCUCUUCACCCAGAGGAGCGGGGUGAUCACCAGCGCUGACUUUCCCAACCCGUACCCCAAGAGCUCCGACUGCCUGUACCGUGUCGAGCUGGAGGAUGGCUUCUUCAUCACCCUGCAGUUCGAGGACAGCAUCGACAUCGAGGACCAUCCCGAGGUCUCCUGCCCUUAUGACUACAUCAAGAUUAAAGCCGGCCCUCUGGAGUUCGGGCCUUUCUGUGGGGAAAAAUCCCCGGGACGUAUCGAAACACAGACCAACAGCGUCCAGAUCCUGUUCCACAGCGACAACUCGGGCGAGAACCGAGGGUGGAAGCUAUCGUACGCGGCCACCGGGAACCCGUGCCCUCUCGUGCAGCCUCCCAUCAAUGGGAAGAUCGACCCCUCGCAGGCACGCUACACCUUUAAGGACCAGGUGGUCAUCAGCUGCAACCCGGGAUACAAAGUGCUAAAGGAUGAUGUGGAGAGUGACACCUUCCAAAUCGAGUGCCUGAAGGAUGGGACGUGGAGCAACAAGGUCCCCAUCUGCAAAAUGGCCGACUGCCGAGCCCCGGCGGAGCUGGAGCACGGGUUCAUCACGUUCGCCUCGAGGAGCAACCUCACCACCUACCGCUCCGUGAUCUGGUACUCCUGCCAUCGCCCCUACUACCGCUUGGCCCCCAACGUCACUGGCAUAUACACCUGCGAUGAGAAUGGGAUCUGGAGGAGCGAGGAGCUGGGAACCAAGCUGCCGUCCUGUCGACCAGUGUGCGGACGGCCCGUUCGCCCCUUGCCCGGGAUCAUCAAGCGCAUCAUCGGCGGGCGCAACGCGGAGCCCGGCUCCUUCCCUUGGCAGGCCCUGAUCGUGGUGGAGGACACGUCCCGGGUGCCCAACGACAAGUGGUUUGGCAGCGGGGCCCUGCUCUCCGACUCGUGGGUGCUGACGGCGGCCCACGUCCUCCGCUCCCAGCGCCGGGACAACACGGUCAUCCCGGUGUCCAAAGAGCACGUCACCGUCUACCUGGGCCUCCACGACGUGCGGCGAAAGAUGGCCGCGGUCAACCGGACGGUGGAGAAGAUCGUCCUCCACGCGGGGUUCGACAUCCAGAACUACAACCACGACAUCGCCCUGGUCAAGCUGAAGGAGAGGGUGGCCAUGGGGCCCUACGUCAUGCCCGUCUGCCUGCCUCAGUUCGAGCACGAGCUGGAGGGGCCGCACCCCAACACCUUGGGUCUCGUGGCCGGCUGGGGCAUCUCCAACCCCAACAUCACCGUGGACGAGAUCAUCAGCUCGGGCAUGCGGACCCUGUCCGACAUCCUGCAGUACGUCAAGCUGCCGGUCGUCCCGCACGCCGAGUGCAAGGCAAGCUACGAGUCCCGCUCGGGGAACUACAGCGUGACCGAGAACAUGUUCUGCGCCGGCUACUACGAAGGGGGGAAAGACACGUGCCUGGGCGACAGCGGGGGAGCCUUCGUCAUCCAGGACCCGGGCACCCAGCGGUGGGUGGCCCAGGGGCUGGUCUCGUGGGGCGGGCCGGAAGAGUGCGGGAGCAAGCAAGUGUACGGGGUGUACACCAAAGUGUCGAACUACGUGGACUGGGUGGAGGAGAACGUGGGCGCCUCUGGGAGGUGGACAUUGCCGGACCCCCAGCUGGAGAGAUGAGCUUGGCGGAGCUCAGCCAGCAAGCAGGACUCUGGCCGGACUUGGUCACGCUCCAAGCCUCAACCGGUCCCUCCUUCCACGUAUCCCGUCGUCCCCAUGUGUCCAUGCUCCCCCAGUUGGAGCCCGCUCCAGCCCCAGCCCCAGCCCUGAUGGCAGCAGAGAGGCCACGAGCUAGGGGAGUGAUGGAGACAGAACGACCCCUUUCAUCUGGACACGUGGCGUCCCUUCGUGCCAGAUCCCUCUGCUCUCUCUCCAUGCCCGCUUUGGUGGGGAAGCCCACAAGAUGCUCAUCGCGCCACCUUCGCUGGAGCGGAGCCGCAGGAGAUGCAGGCGGAGCGUGUUUUCUCUGCAGCAUCCACAGCCAUUUUUAGACCCAGCCCUCCCUUCCUGCCCUGCCUCCCCGAUGCACCGCGCAAGGAGCUCCGGGCGGGUGUUGAAAACCAUUGACAGGCCUGUCUCUGUCCCAUUCCUCCUGUCAUUUUUCGGCUAGGUUUAGUGGCUGGCUCAGAGCUAGCUGGCCUGAUUCUAAUCUCCUUUGCAGCGGUGUCAACCCAAAGCCACUCCACUUCUCCAGUCACUCCAGGAUCUGCCCCAGUGCAGCUACCAAACCACAGAAUUGAAUGGCAGGUUUGGAAGGACCCUCAGGAGAUCACAUCUAGUCCAUCCCCCUGCUCAGGGCAGGAUCAUCCCUGGCUAAACCAGGCCAGCCAAGGGUCUGGCCAAGCUGCUCUUGAAAACUUCCAGGGCUGGAGACCACCUGCUCAGUCAGAAAGUUUCUCCUCAUCUCCACCCUGCAUUUCCUCCGCUGCAACUUGAGACCGUUGCUCCUAGUCCUGUCCUAGUUGAAGGCGCCUAUCAAAUCCCCCCUCAGUUGUCUCUUCUGCAGGCUAAAAAUCCCAGUUCCCCCUCCUCUCCUGACAACUCGUGUUUCCCAGGCCUCUUCUGUGCAAAGCCUGUUUUACCAGAUGCAGUGAAAGCUUUCCCCGUGCACGGCAUUCAGUCUUCUUGCCCCUCUUACCCCAACCUGGGUCUUUCCUGAGCUGGGGCAGAGCAAAUGCCAAAUGCCAUUUGGCAUUUGAGACCCAGCUUCUGUGGUCAGAGACAACAAAGUCAGAGGGAGAAGGCAGGCCCCAGAGACAGCAGGUGACUUGACCAGUGCCCCACGGUGAAUCUGUGGCAGAGACGGGCACCAAGCCCAGCUCUUCAGCCCUGUGGUUCUUUUUCUCCCUGCUGUUUGAUCCUGCCUCUCUGCUCUCCUAGGGGCCCAGGGAGCUUAGCAAGCAGGCUUCCCCUUUCUUCCCUCUCAGCCCAAGGCCCGGGCUGCAAAGCGAUGCGCUGAGAUUCACCUUGGUGGAUGCACCUGCAGUUCAGCGAAAACCCCCGUAUUAGCAAACCACGCCAGCGAGACGGAGCAGAGCCCUGCAAGGAGAGAGGGGGAAGGUGGUAUGCUCACACAGGCAUGCACUGAGGUGCCUUCCCUCUCCUGGUUCACUGCGCUGGCACAGGCCUUUUUCAUGGGCAUUUGCAAGCCUGCCCUGGGCCUCUGGGUGUUACGCCCCGUGGCAUCUGCUUUGAGCCUGGAGCUUUCUCUGGGAAGCUCCCAGCAUCCAUCCGGCAGCCGGUGGGCCUGGAGUGGGGCUGCUGCCAGCCUGACGGCCCCUUCUGCCUUCAUCAUCUCGGACCCCAGGAGCCAGAUCUAUCCCUGGCUUUCCCCUUUGAAGAGCUCUGCUCCACCAGCCCCUACCCCGGGGUGAAAUGAGGGGGCACUUGCCGAGAGCCCAGCUUGCCCAGAGCCCAGUCCCCUUAGUGACCCAGCUCACGGAGUCCUAACAUUUUGGUGGGGGCUUGGAGAGGUCAAUUCUUCCCCUUCCUUUCUUCUCAUCUCCUCCCCAUCACCUUCCCUCCCCUCUCUCGUCCUCCCCCUCCCUGGUCAGAGAGCAAAGACAAGGGGUCUGCAUUUGCCCCGUGGGGUUGUAUUCACUUACAGGACCAGAAAAGUCUCCUUCUGAGUCCAGGAGAAGCCUAGGUGCCUCCCCACUACACCUGACACUCCUCACCGCUGGUGUAUCGCACCCUGGGCAUCUCUCCAAGUCAGAAAAGAUGCCCCGUGUUGUCUUUGCACACUUGCCAAGCCCCUGACACACUUCCAUAUCGAGAGGGCACUUGCUCCAUUGGACACCUGCAGCUCCCACUGGACCGAACCUCAGUCUAACUGGGUUUUACCCCCUCCGUGGGAGUCUCCCCGGAGUCAGGAGCAAGACCCCCUGCCCCUUGAGGCUGCCAGCACCGAAACCAGGACCGUGCUGCCCAAGCCAUACCUUUAUGUUACCCGCGUGCCAUGAACUGUACUCCGUUUGCCUUCGCGUAGCUAGACAAUAUGAUAUUGUUGAUAUAUUUUUGUACGGCCUCCUGUCAAGCGCCUCGUGUUUCGUAUGUACGGUCUGUAUUAUCCUUCCUGAGAACCAAAUAAAGCCCCUUGU